GCGGGAGCCAAUGGGGAGACGGGGGCGGGGCCUGGGGCGGGGGCGGGGCCGAGCGGCGGCGCGCGGCGGCCAUGGGGCUCCUGACGAUCCUGAAGAAGAUGCGGGAGAAGGAGCGCGAGCUGCGGCUGCUCGUGCUGGGCCUGGACAACGCGGGGAAGACGACGCUGCUGAAGAGGUUCAACGGGGAGGACGUGGCCACCAUCUCCCCCACCCUCGGCUUCAACAUCAAGACCCUGGAGCACCGCGGGUUCAAGCUGAACGUGUGGGACGUGGGCGGGCAGAGCUCCCUCCGCUCCUACUGGCGCAACUACUUCGAGAGCACCGACGGCCUCGUCUGGGUGGUCGACAGCGGCGACCGGCAGCGGCUCCAGCUCUGCGCCCGCGAGCUGCGCGGGCUCCUGCGCGAGGAGCGCCUGGCCGGGGCCACCCUCCUCGUCUUCGCCAACAAGCAGGACCUGCCCGGGGCCCUCCCGGCCAGCGCCAUCCGUGAGGCGCUGGAGCUGGACGCCAUCCGGAGCCACCACUGGUGCAUCCAGGGCUGCUCGGCUUUCACCGGCCAAAACCUGCUGGCCGGCAUCGACUGGCUGCUGGAUGACAUCACCAACCGCCUCUGCCCCGCCGACUGACAUCAUCGCACCCCGCCACGCCCACCCCCACCCCCACCCCCCCCGGCAUGGGGUUGGGGGGGGGAAAGGGGGGUUUGGGGGUGCUGGACCCCCCCCCACACACUUCGUGCCAAUAAAGGUGGUGGUGGGCGACA